AUGUCAUCACAACGUUAUACUGAAACAAGAACAGUUCGUGAAGAAAAUCGGCCUGGUAACAAUGGAUACGGUAUACCCAUAAAUUCACGAAUCAAUGUACCCAUUGAGUAUUCGGCCGAUAAACCUCAUGAAGAACGUGUACAAGAACUUAUUCGUCAACGCAAUACAAAUGUGCAAUGGGUAAAUGAUUCUUCCACUGGAGCCGAAAAGUUUCGAGUUACUAUAAAUAUAGAAGGAUUUCAUCAAAACGAGGUCAAUAUGCGUGUUGAUGGUAAUAAGCUUGUUGUUUAUGGUGAACAUAUCGUGAAUCAAAAUCAAAGUACAGAAAAAAAAAUCAUUGAAAAAUCCUAUGAAUUACCUCGCGACAUUGAUAUACACAGCCCACAGGUAACAUAUCCAACGGCGAUAACAAUGCAAAUUGAUUUUCCUUCACGUCAUUCAAAUGUUAUCAUUGAUGAUGGUCGUUUAUCCAGGAAACUCGUAUCCGAUUAUGAUACGUCUUAUCGUGCACCACUAGGAUUUUCUCAAGAGAAAAGCUCAAGUGAAUAUACAUCCACUAGAAAAAUUGGCGGUGGUAGCGGUGUAGGCGGCCUUGUUAGUGGUGGUUAUCCGCGAAGUCCAAAUCCACGUAUUUAUUCUUCCUAUGAAAGAUUAUUUGACAAUGCCACUAGUGGUCUUGAUAAAACAUAUUCAUCGGAUAAUUAUUAUUCAGCAAGAAAAAGUCAAAGUCCAGCACGUCGUGGACUUUCCGAUUCGACAACCGAUUCAUUCAAUACAUCAACGAACCCAACAUAUACAUAUCGUGUAGCAGGAGAUGAUAUUCAACCAAGAACAACAUUUGCAUCGACAUCCCGUGGCAAUAAUAGUAAUGUUAUUGAGAAAACAUUCAGUGAAACACAUCGUGAAACUCAUCAUCGACGCUCAAGUCCAACAACAGGUGUACAGUCAUCACAUGAAGUUGAACAUAAACGUUCGGGCAGCCCAUCACUAGCCAAAACUCUCGAUGACGAUCGGUUCCGAACCAAUUUCGCCAUUGGUGGUAGCACCAUAAUACCAUCAAAAUCAUUAAAUGAAUUUGAACGUCAUCGCUCGGGCAGCACAUCAAUAAGCAAAACUCUCGAUGACGAUCGGUUUCGAACCAAUCUUACCAUUGGUGGUAGCAGCAUAACACCACCAAAAUCAUUAAAUGAAUUUGAACGUCAUCGCUCGGACAGUACAUCAAUAGGCAAAACUCUCGAUGACGACCGGUUUCGAACCAAUCUUACCAUUGGUGGUGGCAACAUAGCCCCACCAAGAUCAUUAAAUGAAUUUGAACGUCGUCGCUCGAACAGCGCAUCAAUAAGCAAAACUCUCGACGAAGAUCGUUUUCGAACCAAUCUUACCAUUGGUGGUAGCAGCAUAGCACCACCAAGAUCAUCACGUAAUGUUGAAGUACGUGAAUAUUCACGACGUGUUGGCGGUGGUACAAACAAUAAUGAUUAUAAUUUCAUUAAUGAUCAACCAUCAUUAUUUACGCAAGAUUUCAAUUCAGACGCAUUUUAUCGAAGCGCUUUUCAACCACAAGUAUUUACUGAUGAUCGUGGCCACAAUCGUGUUGAAAUGAAACUUGAUGUACAAAAUUACGAGCCCAAUGAAAUAAAAGUAUCAGUUAGUGGCAAUGAUCUUAUCGUUAGAGCUGAACACAAUGUUGAACGACCACCGACAUCGUCAACACGAUCUUCUUUUUUUAAACAAAUAACCUUACCACCAAAUACUGAUUUAGGUAGUAUAUCAUCACAAUAUCGUCCCGAUGGCAAACUUCAUAUUACAGCAACCUUACCCAAUGAAAAGCUUCCAUAG